CUCAUACCAAAACCCUUACCUAAACCAAACUUGUUUCUUCUAUGGUUAGUAAAGUCCCCAAAAAAAAAAGAUCAGUGAAGAAAACGUAAAUGGCAGGAGAAGAAGACUGGAGAAAAACUGCGGAUACGACGAAAAUGAGCUCGGAGAGUGUAAAAGCUGCCGGCGUUGAGUCAUCGAAGAGGCCACCAGGAAGUAAUCCCGGCGGUGUUCUUCACCAACGCCGCAACUUGCCUUAUAGUUACACUACGAUGGUUCUUGCCGGAUUAGCUAUCUCUGGUGCCGUCAUGUACUCUGUUAUGUAUGCUAAGAAGAAGCCCGAAGCUAGUGCUACUGAUGUAGCUAAGGCGGCCACAGGGACGGCGAAACCCGAAGAUACUCAUCCGAGAAAAUAAAAACCCCAA